ACGCUACUUCUUCGAUCGUACGUAACGUAUCGUCGGUCGCUGGCGGAGAAAGAUUGUGUGGAAGGAGCUCUUUCUCAUUUGUUUAGAGUGUAAAACCCUUAGUUUAAAAUGCCUAAAUACUAUUGUGAUUAUUGCGAUACAUACCUAACCCAUGAUUCACCAUCUGUUAGAAAGACACACUGUACUGGUAGAAAACACAAAGAAAAUGUAAGAAUAUAUUAUCAGAAAUGGAUGGAGGAGCAAGCGCAGAAUCUUAUUGAUAGAACAACUGCUGCAUAUCAAGCAGGUAAAAUACAACACAACCCCUUCCCAGGAGCAGCAGGUGUACCCCCUGGUGGCUCAGCUAUUCCACCACCUGCAAACUAUGCACCUGGUGGUCCAAGACCAGUUGGACCAGGUGGUCAAGUAAGGGGACCUCCACCUGGAAUGGGACCACCACCUGGAUUACUGAUGAGACCACCUGGCCCAGGCGGACCAAUGAUGCGACCAAUGGGAUCAGGACCAUUAUUAGGACCUAUGCCACCAAUGGGCCCUGGAAUGAUGCCCCCACGAAUGUUAUCAGCACCAAGAAUGCCUGUCUCAACUGAACAAAAAUGAAGUAGCGAGCAAAAGAACUUCUUUUAGCAAUUUUUGAGACUUGCAAAACUUAAUGCGUAUGUUGGUACUGGAUAAGAUGAAAUCAGUAAAGAUUCUGUCAGUUAACAAGGUCUUGAAUUCUAGAAUAAUGCUGGUGUAUUUGACCUUGGCAAGGAUUCCAGGAUAAGUUAGACAUGUACCCCCAUCAUAAACAAGUCCCUACCGUCUAACAAUUUGCAGAUAGGAAGUCAAGUUACUGUCAAUACUUUAAUCAUACAAGCAUCUUGUGCCUGCUAUGUCUAAGAAAAUUCCAUUUACCAUAUGUGAUGAAAUAAUGAGUGGACUAGGCAGCGGGUUGCAUUUCACGUCUAGGAUUUAUUGACAGAAACAGACUUUCCCAAACUUGAGAAAAGCUGGAGGUAAUUUAGACCUGUAGCGAUGUCGCUCACUUUCAACAUGACAUGUUUCUUUAGGUCAAGUGGAGAAAAAAUAGGUUCUCAUCCUUCCCCAUUUUUUGGGCCGUAGCCUUUUUAAAAAAGUUGAUAAGUCUGGUAACACUCGCUUAAUAUGAUCUAUACAGGACACAAAAUAUAAAUUACUACUAUAAUAAUUAAUAAAUUUUUACUUGGCCUUACUGUACCUCUCAAAUGAGCAUCUUGUUGGUUGAUUGAUAGCAUUAAGCUGUGUACAGAUUAUCAGAUUCUAUUUAGGCAUAUCACAUGUUUUUGUCAAAUCAAAUUUGAUAGUCUUGACAGGGCCUUGAGUUAGUACUACAUGGUGCUGUAGAAUAUUUCAUUAUAUUGCUUAUAUAAUGUAUACUAUAAUAAUGCAAUAAUAAUAGUAUUCAACAUACAAUGCUCAUUUCCGUUUUAAUACAUUGUGAAUGUUUUUUGUACAAAUAAAACACCUUUUGACCAAACAUGA